UAGCGGACUGUUCUGGGCUGGAUUGAGAGCUGCAGAUGCACUCAGCGUGACUUUAAACAUGUGGAGGAACAUUUGGAUCACUCGUCCAUGUUUCAAAGCGCUGUGUUCUUUUAAGGAAAGACUGAGAAGAUGUUCCGUGGCGACCUGCCAUCGCCUCAAGUGAGCCUACGGUGUAUGCCAUCUCCCCAAUGAAUCGACAUAUCUUGUUCUCAGUCCAGGAUGUGAGUGUUGCCCGUUCGGUCUCAGCGACAACAGGAUUUUAACCAUGGCCACCGUUCAAGGCUUGCGAACUGGUCUGGUCGGAGUCUAAAGCCGCCCACUCUGGGAGAUCUCUGGAUGAGCUGACCUUGGAGCAGUAACUCUUUAACAUGAGAGCAGCCAGCAGCCCUGCCUGUCUUUGCCCUCUUCUGCUGUGCCUGUGCGUGAUCCAGAGGUGCCACGGGACGCCCUCCCCAUCCAGUCCCGUUAGACCCACUCUCAACCAUAACCAGACCAAAUCGGCCGACGGCGAAAAGGAUGCGCACCAUCGGCCCAAGAGAGGCUGGAUCUGGAAUCAGUUCUUUGUUUUGGAGGAGCAUAUCGGACCAGAUGCGCAGUACGUGGGGAAGUUACACUCAAACUCAGACAAAGGUGAUGGCACGGUCAAGUAUCUCCUCUCCGGAGAAGGUGCUGGUACCAUAUUCCUAAUCAACGAGAUGACAGGUGACAUUCAUGCUAAAAAAAGUCUUGACAGGGAAAAGAAGAGCCAUUACGUCCUCCACGCUCGGGCCAUUGACCGCCUCACCAACAGAGCUGUGGAACCGGAGUCUGAAUUCAUCAUCAAGGUGCAGGAUGUGAACGACAACGCCCCCAAGUUCCCAGACGGCCCCUUUUCAGCCUCUGUGCCUGAAAUGGCAGACACCGGAACUUCAGUAUUCCAAGUCACUGCCACAGAUGCUGAUGACCCCACCUAUGGAAACAGUGCGAAGAUUGUCUACAGUAUUCUACAGGGGCAGCCUUUCUUCACUGUUGACCCAAAAAUUGGUGUCAUCAGGACUGCUAUGCCAAACAUGGACAGAGAAUCGAGAGAGAUGUACUUGGUCAUCAUCCAAGCCAAAGACAUGGCCGGCUCUGUAGGGGGUCUGUCUGGAUCCACCACAGUCAACAUCACACUGACCGAUGUCAACGACAAUCCACCAAGAUUCCCUCAAAAGAACUAUCAGUUGUACGUGCCAGAAUCUGCUCAGGUAGGAAAAGCUGUUGGCAAAAUCAAAGCAAACGAUGAAGACCUUGGCAUUAACGCGGAGAUGACAUACAAAAUUACCAAUGAAGAAGGAGCCGCCAUGUUUUCCAUCUCCACCGACAGUGACAAAAAAGAAGGAGUCAUCUCCCUCAAAAAGCCUCUGGACUAUGAGAAGAAGAAGGCUUAUUCUUUGAACAUCGAAGGUGUCAACACCCAUCUGGAUCCUCGCUUUUCUUACCUGGGCCCUUUCAAAGACAGCACAACGCUGAAGCUUAUCAUCGGGGAUGUUGAUGAGGCUCCGGUCUUUACUAUGGACUACUAUAUCAUGGAUGUGUAUGAGAACGCCCCACCCGAGACAGAGGUUGGCAUGGUUACUGCUCAAGACCCGGAUAGCACCAGGAGUAAAGUCACGUAUUUCAUUGACCAAAAUACCGAAGAUGAUACACUUUUCAGCAUUGAUGCCAACAGUGGACUUAUUAAAACCACCAGAAGUUUGGACCGAGAGGAAGCAGCUUGGCACAACAUCACUGUGAUGGCUUCAGAGAUUGACAAUCCAAAUCUUGUGAGGUUUGUACCAGUCACAGUGCAGGUCUUGGAUGUCAAUGAUAAUGUGCCCUAUAUUGCCACAGACAGCGCCCUUAUUGUGUGUGAAGGCUACAAGGCAGGCCAGGUCAUUCAGACCAUCAGGGCAACGGAUAAGGACAACUUUGCCAAUGGUCAGUUCUCCUUUGCGUUACCAGAGGACCUUCCAGCGAAUCCAAAUUUCACUCUGAAGGACAAUGAAGAUAGCAGCGCGAGCGUGUUGGCGCGCCGGCAGGGCUUCACCCAGGCGGAACAAGAGCUGUACCAGCUGCCCGUGAUUGUGUGGGAUGGAGGAGAGCCCCUCCUCAGCAGCACCAGCACGCUUACGCUCAGGGUGUGUCCGUGCCAGCGUGGAGCCCGAGCUCCUGUGUGUAGGGCUCAAGCAUUCCUGUCCUCGGCUGGUCUGAGCACUGGAGCCCUUAUCGCCAUCCUGCUGUGUGUGCUCAUCCUCCUGGCCAUCGUGGUUCUGUUUGUCACCCUGCGUAGUAAGAAGAGCAAAAAGGAGCCUCUGAUCAUCUCAACAGAGGAUAUCAGAGAGAACGUAGUGACGUACGACGAUGAAGGUGGAGGCGAGGAAGAUACGGAGGCUUUUGAUAUAGCAGCGCUGAGGAACCCUGCGGCAGCCGAGGAGAUGAGGUUAAGGAAAGACCUUCAAACGGAGAUUUGGAGAGCAAUAGGCAUGGAGGCCCUUAGCCCUUCUUUGACCUUACAGGAUGAGGACAUCCAGGAUGUGAUUAAACUGAAAGUGGUCGAGGCCGAUCGGGAUAUGAGCGGGCCUCCAUACGAUUCCCUUCAGACAUAUGCUUACGAGGGCCGUGGCUCCCCUUCUGGCUCGAUCAGUUCUCUGGACCUGCCUGAACCACUGGAUCUCAGUGAGGUCGAUGACUGGGGUCCCGAAGUGCAAAUACUCAGCAGACUCUUUGAAGCGAAAAUCAACCAGCACACUCCAUAAUGGCUGUGCAUGUUUCGUAAACCAGAAGUUGUGUGUCGUUUUCCUGUCUGGUCAAAUGGGACCGCAGUCGAGACGUUUUGUCAUCUGGUUUUGCUGUGGGAUUAUUUGACUGUUGUUUUUCACCGGCCUCUUCAAGUGGAAGAAAGUAAGUUGAUUUUUAAAGAAAAAGUUGAAAAUUUAGAAAA